AUGGCAAAGCAAAUCACUACUGGAGUGAUAAACAGAUUGCAAGAUGAAGAACUUUGUUAUGACCAAUAUGGUGCUGAUAUCACCUCAGCUAAGAAGCUGCGUCUGAUCAAUGGUCUGGUUACUGGUGUAAAUGGAGUUAACCCUCUGUUGGUGGGUGGUCUGAACACACCUGUGCUUUCUGGUGGUCCUGCUGUUAUAGGACAGCCUCCAUUAGCACAGAUUCUGCCUGCUGCUGUUCUUCCUCCAUUUGUGCUUCAGCACCCACCUGUGGCCGCAGUUCCCUAUGGUCCCCCCAACAUUGGACCUCAGCUGGCUUACCCUUUCGCUUCAACUAAUGGGGGUUUGCCGUAUUACAUUGGUGGGCCCCAGAAUCAACCAGCCAUAAUGCCUCCGCAGCAACAAGUUGCGGCUGGACAAGGCCCUACUGGAAAUAAUCAAGCUGUACCAUCAGGCUCACUAACUAGAUUUAAGCGCUCCUUCCUCAGAAGGACCACUGCAAGACCACCUGUCUCAAUCACCCAGAUGCCAGCCCAGGUCAACCCUGCAGUGUCUGGAAAUCCUGUUGGGUAA